AUGGCAAAAAGGAUGCAAGAAAAUACAUUAUUCAAAUAUUUAUUUAAAAAAUCUAAACCUAAUACUGGUAUUGAAGUUUCUACUGAAAAUCAGUGUUCAAGUGUUUUCGAGAGUGAUACUGCUACAAGUAGUUCUGGUAGUUCUGCUGCCGUUCCUGGGACUGUGGAUGAUGUUUCUCAGCAUGUUUUAGAUGUGGGUUAUUAUACGGGAUCAAACACCAAAAUGGAUGAUGAUUUAAAGUUCAGAUUGUUGAAAUCUCCUUGGAUGCCAGAAAAGACAUUCAAGUUUCCAGUAAGUGACGGUAAAAGAAAGCUAAAACUUCAAAUGCAAUGGUUUGAACGGUUCUCAUGA